UUCAGACCGACAGCAGAGCAGAGUGUUUCUGUCUAAAAGAAUAUAGAAGUGAGUUCUUCAGGUCUUUCUCAACAAGUGACUCAAAUACUGUGUGUAGAUAUGUCUGCAGCCAGAAAUCUGCAAUCUGAGUAUCAGUUCCUUUGCUCCAUUUGUCUGGAUGUGUUCACCGAUCCUGUCAGCACACCAUGUGGACACAACUUCUGCAAAAACUGCAUCAGACAAAACUGGACUGUUACCGUCCAAUGCCAGUGUCCUAUGUGUAAAGAAACGUUUAACCCAAGGCCUUAUUUGAGGGUCAAUACUUUCAUCUCUGAAAUGGUUGCUGAGUUCAGACGGUCAGCUCAACAUCAGCAAGUUGCCAAACCAGGUGAAGUUCCCUGUGACGUCUGCACUGGAACCAAACUGAAGGCCCUGAAGUCCUGCCUGGUGUGUCUGGUCUCCUACUGUGAGACUCACCUGGAGCCUCAUCUGACAGCUUCAGGCCUGAAAAGACAUCAGCUGAUCGACCCUGUGGAGAACCUGGAAGCCAGGAUGUGUAUGAAGCACGAUAAACCUCUGGAGCUGUUCUGUAAGACCGACCAGACAUGUGUCUGCAUGCACUGUCCUGCUUUGAACCACAAGAUGCAUGAUGUUGUUUCUUUGAAGGAAGAAAGUGAAGGAAAGAAGGCCAAGCUGGGGAAGACAGAGGCUGAAAUUCAGCAGAUGAUCCAGACAAAACGACAGAAGCUCCAGGAGAUCAAACACUCUGUGAAGCUCAGCAAGGAAGAUGCAGACAGAGAGAAAGCAGAAGGUGUUCAGGUCUUCAAUUUUCUGAUGGUGUCAGUUCAGAGAGGCCUGAAGGAGCUCAUCGACACCAUCGAAGCGAAGCAGAGAACAACAGAGAAACAGGCUGAAGGCUUCAUCAAAGAGCUGGAGCAGGAAAUCUCUGAGCUGAUGAAGAGAAGGACUGAGGUGGAGCAGCUCUCACGCUCUGAAGACCACCUCCAUCUUCUCCAAAGCUUCCCCUCUUUGAAGGAUGCCCCAUCCACCAAGGACUGGACAGAGGUCAGCGUCCGUGCACCAUCAUAUGAGGGAACUGUGGUGAGAGCUGUGGCUCAGCUGGAAGAGACGCUCAGUAAAGAGAUGAAGAAGCUGCUUGAGUCUGAGCUGAAGAGGGUCCAGCAGUAUGCAGUGAAUGUGACUCUUGAUCCUGAUACAGCACAUCCCGAACUCAUCUUGUCUGAAGAUGAGAAACAAGUGAAUCAUGGCCAUGUUCGGAAGACUGCUCCGAAAAAAACAGGGAGAUUUUCUCAUUAUAAUUUUGUUUUAGGAAAGCAGAGUUUCUCUUCAGGAAGAUUUUACUUUGAGGUUCAGGUUAAAGACAAGACUAAAUGGAAUCUAGGAGUGGCCAGAGAGUCGAUCAACAGGAAGGGAGAAAUCACAAUGAGCCCUAAUGAGGGUUACUGGACUAUAUGGCUGAGAAAUGGAAAUCAGUACAGAGCUCUUGCUGACCCGUCAGUCCGUCUCUCUCUGAAGUCUCGGCCUCAGAAGGUGGGGGUGUUUGUGGAUUAUGAGGAGGGUCUGGUCUCCUUUUAUGACGUAGAUGCUGCAGCUCUUAUCUACUCCUUUACUGGCUGCUGCUUCACUGAAAAACUCCUCCCCUUUUUCAGCCCCUGUAGAAAUGACGGUGGUACAAACUCUACCCCUCUGAUCAUCUCUCCUGUCAGUCUAACUGCCUGAUCUUGCCAACAAAUACUUUAUAAAAUGACAUUAAGAUUUUACGUCCUAUUUUUUCCCAUACUGUGUAAAUAUAUGCCAGACUAAGUACUGACACAGCAGUUAAAACUAAGGGUGUUCAAUGUUUGGUUUGUAAGAACAAACCACACAUUGAGAGACUGAUUAUUGUUUAAAUAAGAUUAAUUAUCAUUUAAGGUCACAAAUAUACAUAUUCAGUGGUUAAGUUCAGUGUAAAUUUGUUUUCUUCCGAAUGUAUCUGGUUGUUCUUUCAUCAGUUAUUAUACAUUUGCUUAAUUUUACAUAUGCUGUCUUUUUACUGUUUCAACCCCCCCAACAAAACUAUUGAUUAAUUAAUUUUUCAUGCAUCCCACACCCAGUGAUGGCUCCAUCUUGAGAAACCCAUGAGGGGAGAAAUUGUUUAAGACCACAGAACUUAGAAUCCCAAUGGCUUAUUCCUCCAAUAGCCAUUGGUCGUUUGGUUAACUUCUUCAUCACCCAAUUAGGAAGGGUGUACCUUUAUUUUUCUACAUUACUUUUGGUCAAACAAAAGAGUGCUGAUCCCAGACGUGAAACCCCCUUUGAUCUAUAGGAACAAACAGUCUUUUCUCUAAACUAGUCAUACAGAACAACAGGGGUUGUCUCCAAAUCGGUCGACACCCAAUCUUUGAUGUCUAUUAAACAGUUAAACAAAUGAAUUCUUCUGGCACUAAUCAAAGAGGUGUCAGUUUUAUUCACAUUACAAAGAGGAGAUAAACAAUGGUUUAAUUAACAUUCUGAUGCAAUUGUCUGGCCUAUAAUCCAGCAGGUUACAUUUUUGGAACACAAAGAACACUGAAAAUACCUUUGGUAAGAAAUAUCAGCAUUGUUGUAAUUUUUCAAACUCUACAAUACCAAGUAUGCCCAACUGAAUUUGUUGGAAAUGUGUCUAAAGUGAUGUUCAAUAUAUCUACUUUCUUUAUUGUUCAUUAAAUGUUGUUUGUAGUAGUA